AAAGGUCAAUUUUUUAUAGCAACAUUUUUAAUAUCUUUGUGAAUUCAGAAAUGCUGGUGGACUGAUUGCUGAGUGUUCAGGGGGAUUCUAUGCCCCCUCAGUGCCAGCCUCUGAAGCCCCCUGCACUUGCUUCUCAGUAUAUGGCAUCAGCCGUUUCUCUGGAGAUCGUGGUUUUCAUGCUGGAAGUUAUUACUCCCUGAUGGGAAGUGAGUUCACUUAAGUAUCAUGUCGUUUAAGUGUUUUUUGUGAUCUUUGACCUCCAAGUUCACACAUCCAUCUCUGUGCAUUCGACACAGUGGCCUUUUUUCCUUUUGGAAAAGCUGUGCUUCCUGAGAACUAUAGGGAAACUGUUUUCUUGAGGGCAUGGGGGGAGUUACCGGGUUGAUUGUGACCCAGGCACAGCCCUGGUGCUCUCGAUGAUGGCAGAGACUGUGUCUUACUCAUCUUUGAGUCCCUCGGUGCAUCCUGCACACAGCCUAGCACCUUGUCCUAGUGUCAGUGAAAGGGGAAGCCAGCUUGGAAGAGAGCUGCUGGCUCAUAUGGAACAAGGUUGGAUUCUUGUGGGUUUGGUCUGCGUGGAGGGUGGUGGCGGUGGUGGGGAGGGGCUGUUCUGCCUGACAUCCACUGGGGCCCUCUGCCAGAUGCCGGACAGAAGAGUAGUGUCUGUGGGCCCAGCCAAGUGGAGGGACUCCAGAAGCUUUCAGCUCUGCGGAGCUUUGUGAGAGGAACAAUGAGUUCCUUCCUGUCCCUGAAAGGCCUUUCAGGACUACCCUGCAUGAUGGGACGGGCAAGCCUUGGGGCCUGGCUUCUUUAAAGAAGUAGGCUCGGUUACAACAUAGAUCGAGCCCCACAAUGUCUGGUGCUGAGUUGCUGGGUAGGGGGACAGCCGAAUUCCAUGGACGGGCCAGAGCUCUAUGCUCCCGUCCACCCACACACACACAGUUGGCAGAUGUGUCUGUUCCCUUCCUUGCUCCCCCAGCUCAUGGUUCCCCAGCCUCCCUCUUGUUCAUUUGUUACCAUGUGCACUCUCCUUUUCUUUUUCUCUUUCUCUCUGGCCUUCCUCCCUUCCUCUCCUUGUUCCCAAGAGCUAUCUACAUGUCUUGAAGUUCUGCCCUUCGAUUUCUCGGGAGGGAGAGGAUGCCCAGACCAGGACAUCAGGCAGCCAUCCCAUCACCUAGCAGGGAAACCAUCCUGGGAAAUAGGGCAACCUGGAACUCCCCUCGGUGCUGACAUGAUGACAGUGUGCAGGCCGGCCAAGGGCAGCUACAGCCAGACUGAAAACCUGAACUACAAAUUGGCUGACAAGGUCAAGGUGGAAGGUCCAAGGACUGAGAAAGACCCUCGAAGGCAUCCACUUUAGUCCUCCAUUCCAUUCCUAGAGACUGAUCAGGAGUCGGGCUUCAGAAGGAGCCCCCUGGAAGGCCUCUGCAACCUCACGCUAGAGUCAAGAAUGGAUAUGUUCAGCUUGGAUAUGAUCAUCAGUGACCCAGCUGCAGAAGCCAGCAGGGCUGGGAAGAAGCAGCUCAGAGGCGUUCAGAACCCUUGCCCAUCUGCCAGAGCCGGACCCCGGCACAAGUCCCUCAACAUAAAGGACAAGAUAUCAGAAUGGGAAGGGAAGAAAGAGGUGCCUGCUCCUGCGCCCAGCAGGAGAGCAGACGUACAGGAGGAUUAUCUGCCAUCCUGUAUGGUGGAGAGGAGGAGUAGUGAUGGGGUGAGAACUCAGGUCACAGAGGCUAAGAAUGGAAUGAGGCCAGGAACAGAGAGGACAGGGAAGGAGAGGAAUAAAGGAGCAGUGAACGUCGGGGGACAGGACCCAGGGCCGGGGCAAGACCUAAGCCAGCCAGAACGGGAAGUGGAUCCCAGCUGGGGCCGAGGCCGAGAGCCAAGACUUGGCAAGCUACGCUUUCAGAACGAUCACCUCUCAGUGCUGAAGCAGGUCAAGAAACUCGAGCAGGCUUUGAAGGAUGGGUCGGCAGGGCUGGAUCCCCAGUUGCCAGGGACUUGUUACUCCCCACACUGCCCUCCUGACAAAGCAGAGGCAGGGCCCACCCUUCCUGAGAACCUCGGAGGCGGGAGUGGCUCAGAAGUCAGCCAGAGGGUCCACCCCUCGGACCUGGAAGGCAGGGAGCCUGCCCUGGAGGUUGUGGAGGACAGGAAAGGUUCAUGCAGAAGGCCCUGGGACCGGAGCCUUGAGAAUGUCUACAGGGGCUCGGAGGGUUCCCCCACAAAGCCCUUCAUCAACCCUCUGCCAAAACCCCGGAGAACGUUCAAACAUGCCGGAGAAGGAGACAAAGAUGGGAAGCCUGGCAUCAGCUUCAGGAAAGAGAAAAGAAAUCUGCCUCCUCUGCCCUCUCUACCUCCCCCGCCUCUGCCCUCCUCUCCCCCGCCUUCCUCUGUGAACAGAAGACUGUGGACCGGGAGACAGAAAUCCAGUGCAGACCACAGAAAGUCCUAUGAGUUUGAAGAUUUACUGCAGUCUUCCUCUGAGAGCAGCAGGGUGGACUGGUACGCGCAGACUAAGCUGGGGCUGACACGCACUUUAUCGGAGGAGAACGUCUAUGAAGACAUUCUAGAUCCGCCAAUGAAGGAGAACCCUUAUGAGGACAUCGAGUUACAUGGUCGCUGCCUGGGGAAGAAGUGUGUCUUGAAUUUUCCUGCUUCUCCCACCUCUUCCAUCCCUGACACACUCACCAAGCAGUCAUUGUCCAAACCUGCUUUUUUCCGACAAAAUUCAGAGAGGAGGAACUUCAAGCUGCUGGACACUAGGAAGCUGAGUCGGGAUGGAACUGGGUCUCCUUCCAAAAUCAGCCCCCCCUCCACUCCCAGCAGCCCUGAUGACAUUUUCUUUAACCUUGGAGACCCACAGAAUGGCAGGAAGAAGAGAAAGAUACCUAAGCUGGUGUUGCGAAUCAACGCCAUUUAUGAGGUCCGGAGAGGAAAGAAACGGGUGAAGAGGCUGUCCCAGUCAACGGAGAGCAACUCAGGAAAAGUGACGGAUGAGAACAGUGAGUCUGACAGUGACACAGAGGAGAAGCUGAAAGCUCACAGCCAGCGCCUGGUCAACGUGAAGUCCCGCCUGAAGCAGGCGCCUCGGUACCCAUCACUUGCCCGGGAGCUCAUCGAGUACCAGGAGAGGCAGCUCUUCGAGUACUUUGUGGUUGUGUCUUUGCACAAGAAGCAGGCCGGGGCUGCCUAUGUGCCAGAACUUACCCAACAGUUCCCUCUGAAGUUGGAAAGGUCUUUCAAGUUCAUGAGAGAAGCUGAGGACCAACUGAAGGCCAUUCCCCAGUUCUGUUUCCCCGAUGCCAAGGAUUGGGUUCCUGUCCAGCAGUUCACCAGUGAAACGUUCUCAUUUGUCUUAACUGGAGAAGAUGGGAGCAGAAGGUUCGGUUACUGCCGAAGACUGCUGCCUGGAGGCAAAGGGAAGCGCCUUCCUGAAGUUUACUGCAUUGUGAGCCGCCUGGGAUGCUUCAGCCUCUUUUCAAAGAUCUUGGAUGAGGUGGAAAAAAGACGAGGUAUCUCUCCUGCCCUGGUUCAGCCACUCAUGAGAAGUGUCAUGGAAGCCCCUUUCCCAGCCCUGGGCAAAACCAUCCUUGUCAAGAACUUCCUGCCAGGUUCAGGAACUGAGGUGAUCGAACUGUGCCGCCCGCUGGACUCCCGGCUCGAGCACGUGGACUUUGAGUCUCUCUUCUCCUCCCUCAGCGUCCGCCACCUGGUCUGUGUGUUUGCCUCCCUGCUUCUGGAGAGGAGGGUCAUCUUCAUUGCAGACAAGCUCAGCACCCUGUCCAAGUGCUGCCACGCCAUGGUGGCGCUGAUCUACCCCUUCACCUGGCAGCACACCUACAUCCCGGUGCUGCCACCCGCCAUGGUCGACAUCGUGUGCUCGCCGACGCCCUUCCUCAUCGGGCUGCUCUCCAGCUCGCUGCCGCUGCUCAGGGAGCUGCCGCUGGAAGAGGUCCUUGUGGUUGACCUCGUCAACAGCCGGUUCCUCAGACAGAUGGACGAUGAGGACUCCAUCCUGCCCCGGAAGCUUCAGGUGGCCCUGGAACACAUUCUGGAACAGAGGAAUGAGCUGGCUUGUGAGCAGGACGAAGGGCCCCUAGACGGCAGGCACGGCCCAGAGUCCAGCCCCUUGAAUGAGGUGGUGUCUGAAGCCUUUGUCCGCUUCUUCGUGGAGACUGUGGGACACUACUCUUUGUUCCUGACGUCGGGCGAGCGCGAGGAGAGAACCCUGCAACGGGAGGCCUUCCGCAAAGCUGUCUCCUCCAAGAGCCUUCGCCACUUCCUGGAGGUCUUCAUGGAGACUCAGAUGUUUCGGGGCUUCAUCCAGGAGCGGGAGCUGCGCCGACAGGAUGCCAAAGGUCUGUUUGAGGUCCGAGCCCAAGAGUAUCUGGAAACACUCCCCAGUGGAGAGCACAGCGGUGUCAAUAAGUUCCUGAAGGGACUAGGCAAUAAAAUGAAAUUUCUCCACAAGAAAUAACUCUCAGCUCAGCCUCAAGAGAAGACUUCCUCCUAGUGCAGCCCCAUGCUUUAAAAACAGUUCCUGGUGGCCUUUCUGAAAGGCUGGGUCCCAGGUUGUCGCCGUGCGGAACUGGAGGCCGCGGUGGCUUCUGGCCGAGGCUGGGCUCUCCCCUGGACCAGAGCCUGGGAGCCGCCCAGGAGGACAGCCCCAGAAAGGGAGCCCGAGACCAGGCAUAUUGCUGACAUGCAAAUGGGUUGUUUUGGUGGUUGGGGUUUUUUUAUCUUAGAUAUUAAAAGUAAGAAAAACGUG